CAUUAUCCCACGGUCACACAUUACCACAAAUCGAAUCGGCGUGUUGCACAUUUCUCUGUUUAACUAAGUAAAAGACCAAACCGCGGUUAUAUAACAAGAUGAACAGCCUGAGGACAGCCACCAUGCGAUUCGCCAGCCUGGCCAGCUCCAGUGCCGGUGCCCUGGGCAAGCGGGACUUCACCCGCAGCCUGUGGCACAUGACCAAAAAGCCGGUGGCCGCCGGAGGAAGCGAUCAUGUAACCGUUCUGAAUCUCCACAAGCCGAGCAUCAACUGCACGUGCGGCUGCAAUGUGCACACCAAAUGUGAGCGGGAACUGGUGGAGUUCCUCACCGAAGAGAUCGUGGCGGAGCGCAAGGUGCAGAAGGGCAAGUCGGUGCCCAGCACUUUGGACGGAUUCGCCGUGAAACUAACUGGCGCAGAUGUGGAGCUCACCAAGCAGACGGACAAGGAGAAGGUGGUCGUCAGCUUCAAUGUGAACCACUCUGUGGACAGCGAGGAGGAGCCGGAGAUCAACCCCAAUGCCGACAAGCCGGAGCUCGGGGAGAUGCGGAGCAAGCCGCAAUUCGAGGUGGACAUCAUCAAGGGCAACUCCACGCUGUCCUUCACCUGCACCUUCCUCCAAGGAGAAGCUCAGGAGGGCGAGUACAACGACGUCUUCUCCAUCGAUGAAAUGGCCAUCUUCGAGGGCGAAUGGAACGAUAAAGUCUAUGCCGUCGCCGGCGACGUGCUCGAUGGCUACUUGUACGACUUGCUGAUCAAUCUGCUGGAGGAGAAGGGCAUCAGCCAGGAGUUCGCCGAGAAACUCUCUGAUUUGGCCACCGCCCAUGAGCACACCUCCUACAUUGGUCUGCUGGAAAAGCUCUCCAAAUUCACUGCCGGCGGCAAGUGAACGUUCGUUCGUCCCAUCCUAAUCUUAAAGCAUAAAGUUGUGUAGGUUUUUAAGUUUCUAUUGUCUGCUGCCGCAGUUUCUUCACUCAAAAACAGUUUUGAUUAGUUGUGUUUUUCGGUUUGGCUGCGGCAGUUAACUUAGUUUUUAGGCCAGCAAACAUUUAUACAUGUUUCAGAAAAGAGUGGUCAAAGCAAGUGCCAAUUGUCUGCCCAUUUCGGUGCUUGCUUUCGGUUGAAUUUCAUAAAUGCAGCGGUUAUUACUCA